UCUCUCCCUCUCUCUCUCUCUCUCUCUCUCUCUCUCUCUCUCUCUCUCUCUCAUGGAGCUUGAAACCCCCGAAACACCCGUAGCCCUAGUCGUUGGGGUAACUGGCAUGGCUGGCUUGAGCCUGGCCGAGGCUCUCAAGAAGCCGACGGCACUCGGCGGUCCAUGGAAGGUCUACGGAGCAGCUCGGCGGCCCAAGCCAACCUGGUUCUCCCCUUCCCUCCUUGACCUAUACAUCCAAUUCAAUGCUCUCGAUCCUCAUGACACAUGUAAAAAUCUCUCCAUCAUAUCUGAACAUGUGACCCACCUCUUUUGGGUGGUCCUCCAGGCACACGAUAACGAAGAAGCUAACAUCGCCACCAACUCAUCGAUGUUGUCUAAUGUCCUCCAUGUAUUGACAUCCAACUCAACUACAUCUCGCCUCCGCCAUGUAACCCUCCAAACCGGGACCAAGCACUACAUUGGUCCCGACCUAGACCAUGCAGGCCCUUCAGAUCCACCGUUCCAUGAGAACAUGACCCGACUCCCAUAUCCCAAUUUCUACUACGUUCUUGAAGACCUCCUCGCCUCUUACUCGCCCGCAUUUACAUGGUCAGUCCACCGAUCAUCGAUAAUCAUAGGCGCAUCAUCGAGGAGCAUUUACAACAUGCUGCUCACGUUAGCAACGUAUGCGUUGAUAUGCCGUCGAGAGGGUGCACCGUUCCGGUAUCCGGGGAGUAGGUACACAUGGGAGCAUUUCUGUGAUGCGUCCGAUGCAGGCCUACUUGCCCAGCAACAGAUAUGGGCCGCAGUGUCAGACAGUGCGAAGAAUCAAGCCUUCAAUUGCACCAACGGCGAUGUUUUCACGUGGAAGGCUUUUUGGACCGUUUUAUCAGAGAUUUUCGGUGUGGAGCCCGUUCCGCCAUGUGGGGAUAUCGCAGAAUUCAAUUGGGUGGAAGAAAUGAAAGAGAAGGGAGGAGUUUGGGAUGCCAUUGUAAGAGAGAAUGGGCUACAUGAGACUAAAUUGGAAGAGAUUACAUGUUUUGGUGCUUCCAAUGCUGUAAUGAACUUCGGGUUUCAACAUGUUAGUAGUAUGAACAAAAGUAGGGAGUUUGGGUUUUUGGGGUAUGUGGACACGCUCAAGAGUCUAAGGAAAUGGAUAGAAAGACUUAGGGAAAUGAAUAUUCUUCCCAAAACAUGAGGGCAGAUUUGCAAAUCGGGUGGGCCAGCAUGGUGUGAUUUAGCUAGUGGGCAGGAUUAGGCCUGAGUCUUAAUCAUUCGAUGGGCUUUGGUUAUGGCGUGUUGCGACUACAGAUAGUGGCCCAGUGCCAGAGUAGUUUAUCUUGCAUUGAAAGCGAGUUUGGACUGUUUUUGCAAUUUUCUACCUUCAUUACUUGUUUAGUGGGAUAUGCUACGUCACUGCAUCCUUGCGUUUGGCUUUGA